AUGGUGUCCUUCUGGCCAUGGAGAGGGGCGGAUAACUCUCCAGCGUCCUUUGAGAAGACACUCGCGGGUCUGUCUGAAAAGAUCGCACAGUCGAACGGUAGCUUGGAACUCUACAGACAACGUGCUCGUCGAUUUAAGGCCCUUUGGUCACUAUAUACCACCUUUGCAUACAUAUUGUAUGCACUCAUUGCGGUACUGGUGCUUGGUUGGGAGCAGUGGGGUCCGGUAGAGUACACAGCUCUAUCAGGUAGCCCAGUAGUAAUAUAUACAGUCCGGAGGAUAGGCGCAGCCUUCUACCAGUAUCGUAUCACCAAAACCCAGAAAUACCUUGAAGAACUGCAGAAGCAACGUGAUGGAACUAUUGAAAAGCUGAAAGAGGCCACAAAAUAUAAUUCCACAUUGCAGCUACUCGAAAAAUAUGGUGCACAGCCUCCCAAAUCUCUACCCGCCCAGGAGGACGUUGAUGACAUGGAAGGGGGGAAUCGACAUGGAGGCACGAAACGCAAAGUCCCCCGUUCUCGAGCUUCCCUCCCGUUCCCCGGAGCAACAACUAGAAUGACCCCGCCGCCCACAGCUAAUAUCCCACGAGCACCAUUCGGGGGUUCUCUACCUUCCAGUCCAAUGAACCAGGGCCAAAACCGGCAACCAGCUGGUAUUUCAUCAAGCCCACCAAGCCCUUCUGGAUUACAUGUUGCCCAGAGUCAACAGCGGCAACCACAUGAUGAGCCUGGUUUUCACCCCAGUGCCUUUCCAAUUACCCAGCAUAUUGAACCCCGCCAGCCCCAGUGGUAUGACCGGAUACUUGACGUUCUCCUUGGUGAGGACGAAACGCUCCCUAAGAACCGGCUGGCGCUAAUAUGUGUUCACUGUCGCCUGGUCAACGGACAGGCUGCACCUGGUAUACACACCCUGGAAGAGGUCGGGCGAUGGCGCUGUGUUGGGUGUGGGGGUUGGAACGGCGAGGAGAAUAAGGCAACUACGCACGAUGAAGGGCUGCUGAAAACCCACAGCCGUAGCCGGAGUAGAAGCGUGCCUCGCGCACCACCACAACCGGUGGUGGUGGUAGAGCCCUCAACCCCGACAGACGUGGAUGGCGCAGGGCAGAAUACUAUGGUUCGUAAAGGUAGUAUCGGCAGUGAGGCACACGAGGAGGGAAAAUUGUCGGCAGAUGAGGACGUGGAAUGGAGCAGUGACGCAGAGCUCGAAGCAUCACAAAAAGAUUCAUCAGAUAUUAAAGACGAGCAAUCUAGCUGA